AUGGCCGGCGACGUCUCGGGCAACGGGACCGGGGUCCCUCCCCAGGCCGGCAUCUUGGAGGGCGUCAACCCGGUCCAGUACAGCCCGGGAAACCCCAUCGCCUUGUUCAUCGUUCAGGCCGCCAUCGUUAUCAUUUUCUGCCAACUGCUUCACUACCCUCUCCGGCUGAUCAACCAACCUCGAGUCAUCGCCGAGGUAAUUGGCGGUAUUCUCUUGGGUCCGACUGUCAUGAUGCGCAUCCCUAACUUCAGAGAGACAAUAUUUCCCCCGGAGUCCAUGCCCGUUUUCAAUAAUGUGGCAAACUUGGGUCUCAUUGUCUUUUUGUUCUUAGUUGACAUGCGUAUGUUCACUCAGAACUGGAAAGCGGCUCUUAGCGUCGGUCUGGCAGGUAUGGCCAUACCCUUUGCUUUGGGCUUUGGUAUUGCCUAUGGACUCUACAAGGAGUUCCAUGAGGGUGUUGCCGAGAAGCCCAUCGGCUUUGGCGUGUUCGGACUCUUCGUUGGCACUGCUUUGGCUAUUACUGCCUUCCCAGUGCUGUGCCGUAUCCUGUCUGAGCUGAACCUGCUGCGUUCCAGCGUCGGUGUCACAGUCUUGGCUGCAGGCAUUGGCAACGACGUCACCGGCUGGGUGCUGCUCGCCCUCUGCGUUGCGCUAGUCAACAACAGCAGCGGUUUGUCCGCCCUCUGGGCUCUGCUCUGUUGCAUUGGCUGGACCCUGCUGCUUGUCUUCGUCGUUCGGCCCCCUUUUAUGUGGCUGCUGCGCCGAACUGGAAGUCUGCAGAGCGGUCCUACGCAGGGAAUGGUCGCCUUGACCAUGCUCAUGGUGCUAGCUUCGGCUUGGUUUACUGGAGCUAUUGGCGUGCAUCCCAUCUUCGGCGCAUUUUUGGCCGGCUUAAUCUGCCCUCACGAUGGCGGUUUUGCCAUUAAGCUGACCGAGAAGAUUGAGGAUCUGAUCUCGGUCUUGUUCUUGCCUCUCUAUUUUGCUCUUUCUGGUCUGAACACUAAUUUGGGUCUCUUGAAAGACGGUCUGACGUGGGGAUACACCAUCGCCGUCAUCAUUAUCGCCUUCGUGGGCAAGAUCGCUGGUGGUACGCUUGCCGCUAAGCUAAACAAGCUCUUGUGGCGCGAGAGCUUCGCCAUUGGUAGCCUGAUGAGCUGCAAGGGCUUGGUUGAGCUCAUUGUCUUGAACAUCGGCUUGCAAGCUGGUAUCUUGUCGGAAACGACCUUCAGUAUGUUCGUCGUGAUGGCUCUGGUCACGACUAUCGCCACAACCCCUCUUACCAAGGCCCUGUAUCCUCCAUGGUACCAGAAAAAGGUUGAGAGAUGGAGGCGUGGCGAGAUUGACUGGGAUGGCAAUCCUCUCGUCCACUCUGACUCGAGCCACGAGGAUAUGCCGAAGAAGGGCGAAGAAUCUCAGAUUCGGCGACUCAUGGUUCACCUCCGAUUGGACAGCCUGCCCAGCUUGUUUACAUUUAUCACCCUUCUUGGUUCGGACCCGACACGCACGUCCGUUCACAAGGAGAAAGAUGCGUCUGGGGAUUCGUCAUCCGGCCAGGAACUUCCGAUCAAGAAGCGCCCCCUUGAGGUGUAUGGUCUGCGGGUUAUCGAGCUCACAGACCGUACAUCGUCUGUCAUGCAUCUUACCGAGGGUGAGGACUUCUAUUCCCAGCGCGAUCCUGUUGUCAACGCCUUCAAGACCUUCUCUCAGCUCCACGAUGUCGCGGUUUCCGGUCGGGUGGCAGUCGUGCCCACUGACUCAUACGCCGAGACACUCAUUAGCCAGGCAUCCGAUGUCUCUGCCGAUUUUGCUCUAAUUCCAUGGGGCGAGUAUGGAACCGUCUCCGAAGAUCAGUCGUUCCUCAUGGCUGCCAGCGCCAGCGAGCGGUUCAGGUCAAGCGCCCACCUUGACUUCAUCAACCAAACCUUUCAACAGGCUGUCCGGGUUUGCACAACCGGUAUCUUUAUCGACAAUGGCUUUGGCGGUGUCACCAAGCCCACUACCGAACGGCCUUCUCUGAUCCGUAGCAAGAGCAACAUCUCGAUCCGAAGCCAUCACGAACCCCCUGCGCUACCGGCUCCUCAUAAAGACCACCAUAUCUUCGUUCCCUUCUUUGGCGGCCCCGAUGACCGCGCUGCCCUGCGGCUCGUCUUCCAGUUAGCCAAGAAUCAGCAUGUUACCGUCACCGUUGCGCGAAUCAUCUGGCCCGUGUUGAAGCUUCAGUCGCAAAGUACCGACGGCAGCGGAACUAGGCCGGCAACCGGCACUAGCAUCGGUGCCGGCACAAACGACGAGGUGGUGCAGGAUGAGCAGGAUCUUGCCCUGCUCACUAGCAUUCACUCCUCACUUCCUGCAGACGUCGCGAGUCGCAUCGUUGUCACCGAGGAGCGUGUCUCCAGUCCUACCGCCGCGCCCACUGAGGUUGUGGCUCUCGCCCAGAAGUCCGUCGGCCAGAGGCCUAAGAAUGCGGGUGAUGUGGUCGUGCUAGGUCGGCGGAAUGCCCGGCUGGAUGAGAGUAGUGUCCCAGGGGAGGUUAGUGCCGAGAGCGGUGCUUCUAGCAGCACAGUCGGUGGGGGACUGGAUCUAAAGAAGACUAUCGGCACUGUUGCGGAGCAACUUGUCGCUGCCGGAGUCAAGGCUAGUGUUCUGGUUGUGCAAGCUGGCGGUAAGGGGUUGGAUAAUUGA